AUGGCGUGCUGUGUCUUCACUGCCUUCUUUAUGAGCAAGAUCAUCACCGCAUGUGAGCUCUUCGAUGUCCGCUUACUCGAUAUCAAAUACAAUGACACGGACUCGGAAGCUGGUUUUCCUGCAACGAAUUUCUCCUAUCCAUAUCAUUCCAACUCCUCCAAUUCUAUCCCCACAACUGAUCCAGCCAGGCCGGGUCAAAGGCCUCCCACGGAUGGACCUAUCCAGACAACCAGACUUUUUGUCACAGGCAUGACAUGUGCUGCAUGUGUUGCCACCUUGACAAAAGAAUUAACAUCCCACAAGGGCGUGAUUCGCACAUCGAUAUCACUUCCGCUGUCUAGGGCGACCAUAGUUUUCGACUCAACGCAGACUUCUAUCGAAGAUCUAGUCUCAUCUAUAGAAGACGUGGGUUACGGCGCAGAACUCUUUGGCCAUGGUGACCACAGCACAGCCACGCAAAACAUGCGUAUGCUGCAGCGAGAAGAUGAGUUGCGAGAACUACGACAAUCAUUCAAUGGCGCUGCCAAAUGGGCCACGACCAUCACGAUCGUGGAUUGGCUGCGUCGGUGGAUCCCUUCAAAUUCAGAACUAGGCACAACUUUGAUCUCUUUAUUACACCUCAUCACCCUGGUAAUUGCGUGCUACCUACAAACCCGUUACGCCAAAUGGAUACAUCGAAAUGCCUGGGCCACCUGUUUUAACAAAACCCGCUUGCGCCUCCCAAUUCUGUCCAUGGAUACUCUUCUUUCCCUAUCCUUACUUCUCAGUAUCGCCUUAUCAUUCUUCAACAUUACUCUGCAUGGGCUUUCGCCUCAACAUGCCAAGACCUACUUUUCUUCAGCCUCUUUCCUUACUGUCGUGGUCAGUGGAGGGAGAUAUCUUGAUGUCACGCUCAAGAGGCAGGGUACUGCUGGGUUCUCACGUCUUUUUGGCAUGCAAAGAGAAAUGGAGCUCGGUAUGGUCAUGGUAGAGGGGCCAUGGAAUCGAGCACAAGACAGUAAAUUACCAGAGAAUCGUGCAUCGGAAUAUGGCUUGACGCCGCUUCCAACAACACUCCUCGCUCCAUUGGACACUUACCAUGUUCCCGCUCAGAGCCUUAUUCCCUGCGACAGCUAUGUUGUACGAGGAUCUACAAUCGUCGACGAAUCGAGCAUGACAGGUGAAUCUGUCCCGGUCCGUAAAUCUGUGGGUGAUUUCUUGACAUCCGGGACACGAAACUUAUCAAACGGUGUUGUUGCCGUUGUGCUCAAAGCUCAAAGCGAUUCCAGUCUCGAAAAACUCGUUGAAAGCAUCGAACAAGCAACAGAGAUCAAGUAUGAGGCCAAAAAAUCUACUUCGCCUGACCCCUGGGAAACAAAAGGGAUGCUUCUUGAUCUAAUGACGGCAUAUUUUGUUCCUGCUGUACUGAUGAUCAGCGCGGUGGGCUUUCUUUUUUCAUUUUAUACUUCGCCGACGAUUUUUCCUAUCUCUGACCGCAUCAAUGUUGCUUGCGAAAGGGCAAUGGCGAUCCUCGCGGCCGCUUGCCCAUGUGCAAUUGGUUUGGCUAACCCCUCAGCAAUCAUGGCCGGUAUCGACGCAUCUUAUGUACACGGUGUGCUACUGCCUGGUGGUGCACAGGCCUUGGAAAACAUUUCGAAGUUAACUCACCUUGUGCUCGACAAGACCGGAACGUUGACUGAAGGCAAAUUACAGAUCUCCGAAGAAUCCUUAACCGAGCCAUUUCACACAGAUCCUCGUCGAAGAGAGUUGAUGUACAGUCUUCUAUGUGCCGCAGAACGUGAUGAAGCUCAGACACAUCCGGUCGCACGUGCCGUAUUUCAAUAUUGUCUACGUCAGCUACAGCCUGACGGCCCUUCAGCAGAGGACCAUUUUUUUAGCGUUGGGUAUGAACAUGGCACAGCUCCCAUUCGGGAGGCAAUGAAUAUACCAGGAAAAGGGGUCGCAUGCGAAGUUCAGGCGUUCAAUAAGCUCUGGUACACUGUCCAUAUUGGCAGCGAGCGCUUCUUAUUUGACAAUAAUAUCAAGCUACCAUCCAUUUUGGGGAAUGAUAUCAACCAAGAGUCCUCUCCUUCAACUCAAUCUGACGAUACGACCUCGGUUUAUUUCGCGAUAGGAAAGAUUUAUGUUGGGACUUUCACUCUACGAGACGCGAUUCGCAAGUCCGCCCCAGCCGUGAUUCAAGAAUUAAAAUCAAACGGCAUCGAGCUUACAAUGCUCACUGGAGACACUGCGGCUGAAGCGUAUCGUGUCAGCAAGGAGCUUGGUAUUCCGGUUCUAGCUGCCAAAAGUCUCCCAGAAGAAAAGCGGCAGUUAGUCGAGGGAUUGAAAUCCUCAACGCCAUCCCAACCGAGACAGUACUCAUCACUUGAGAAGUUGGCUCCAACGGCUCCACCUCGAAGUAUCGUGGCAAUGCUAGGCGACGGUCUCAACGAUGCUCCAGCUCAGUCGGUGUCAGAUGUUGGCAUUCUAUUCGGCUUGUCACCGUUGACCCGCUCUUCUCGUGCCAUUCACACUUCAGCCACCGACGUUAUCCUGCUUACGCCAGACUUGUCGGCCUUGCCGAAACUGUUGGACAUUGCGAAGCAAAGCGUAGCGCAAGCAAUGUGGAACACCAAAGGGGCUGUUGCGUAUAACAUUGCGGCGAUCUCUGUGGCGAUGGGUGCAGGUGAGGCGUUGCUGGAGCUGAUAGGUUUGGAAAGUUCAAUGGCCAAGAUUGAUGCGUCUACUGCCGGCACGAUGAUGGCAUUCUCUAGCAUUACAGUUCUCAGUGCGAGUAUGAUGCUACGGCGGCGUCUCAACAAAUCAUGA